AUGGAGAAGUACGAGAAGCUCGAGAAAGUCGGCGAAGGAACGUACGGGAAAGUGUACAAGGCGAUGGAGAAAGGCACCGGAAAGCUUGAUGCUUUGAAGAAGACGAGGCUCGAAAUGGACGAAGAAGGCAUACCACCGACCGCUCUCCGCGAGAUUUCACUUCUCCAGAUGCUCUCUCAUCGAUCUACGUCGUUCGUCUCCUCUGCGUCGACACGUUCUCCAAUCCAAGGACUCGGUCUCUCCAUCGUCGCCUGUCUCUCCUCACGCCCAAAAAUCCAACCUUUAUCUCGUUUUCGAGUAUCUCGACACCGAUCUCAAGAAAUUCAUCGAUUCGUAUAG